AUGGAUUCAUUCCGUCUCGUUCUCGAGGAUGACGAUCCUCCUGAUUUCACAGUAAAAGUCCUUGACGUUGUCAACAAUACCAUCCAGUCCACAGACAGCGCCGCAGCAAAUGAUGCUGCCCUCGCAAUAGAUGCCAUAUUGUUGGAAUGGGUGACAAAUGAUGAUGAUACGAAGAGAGACCCUGAAGGCUUUUUCUGGUGCUUCUGGGAGACGUUAUAUAGCUUCGCCCAGCAAUUGCCUCACGACAGUGUUCAGCAAGAUAGACUAGCAGCUAUUGUUGAAUCCUUGGCCAAUCUACCACCCAGGACUGUUGAACUCAAGUUAUGGAGAGAAUAUCAACUGUGGAAAGAGCUCCCGAUAUUCGGUGCUGCUUUACGAGAGAUGCGGCUGUACAACAUCAAAUGGGAAAAAAUGAAACCCGACGAGAAACGAAGAUUCGUCAACUUGCAAGCUUUUGCUGCUCGGGUCCUUGGUCUACGUCUUCUUGGUCUGGAAGUAUAUGCCAUCUGGGUAUUCACGGAUGCCCUUGAGGGUGCGAUGAUUCCCAUCCGAGGAAGUCCCGAUCUGGUCUCUCACGAUCCAACCAUCGUCACGGAUUUAUCUUUCAAGGUUGCUGCUGCGGCUGAAUGGAUGGUCCACGGGGCAAAGGUUAUGUAUGGACGGGAUGAAGAAGUCUAUGCCACAGACGGUGGGCCGUUGUGGAAGUUGGGCAAGAAGGAGGGGAACAAGCUGAGACGCAGAUAUAAAGGGACCAAAGGCCUCUGCCCUCAACGGUGGGAUCUUUGGAGGGAACGGUUUGAAGUCAUCCGUGACUGUGAAGAGGUGGAUGAGAAGACACGAAAUGAGGCUGGACGAGCUGUGACGGUGAUGUACAGGGCCCAGCCAGAGCACGAAAGGUAG